AUUUGGUCUCUAUUGAUGCCUGACCCCUUAAUUCGCCUAUAGUAUGACUUAUGCAUAAUUAUAUAAAAUUGCCAGUUUGUAAUUGAACCAAGAUGAGUGCAGAGUUAAACCGAAGAUUUCUUGCGCUGGCACUUAUGCUGAUACUAAGCCACCACAGGGCACAUGGCUGGCGUUCCUUUAAAAUUGUCUUUGGACGCUUCGAAUACGAAGCCAAUGCUAAGCUGAUGGAUGUGAAAAUCGAAUUGCAAAACAAUAGCAAAAGUUCGCUCAAUGUCGUUGUCAAUACCUUGGAGAUUUUGGACAAUGUUGAAGUAGCGAGCAGGGUUUCUUUGGAAACGGAGCCGGGUAACUAUACCAACCUCAUCAGCAGAAACGUGAACUUCUGCAAGAUGUUGAUGGAACGCAACGUGGAUCCAUUGGCCCGAUCCAUAUACCAGGACAUGCAGCGAUAUGGCAAGUUUUUCAAGGAGUGCCCCAUACAAAAGGGCACCUACUCGCUACACGACUACGUUCUGGAUGAGGAAUUGCUGCCCAGCUUUUUACCUGAGACCAACUUCAAAACGAGCAUACGCUUAUUCAAGCCUAAUAGUGAGCAGAUAUUCAAGGGCUUGUUCUAUGGACGCAUUGACAAGUCGAAGGGCUUCAACAAUCUUAAAAUGUUUAGUAUGGGUUAAUUGACAUUGAGAGAGA